UGGACUCCCUUAGCAACGUCUCCCUGUCUUCCUCCAUGACGGGCCUCAACACCGUCUCUCCCGUCAUGUCCCAGACCUCCAUGAAACAGUUCCACGGGGUGCCUCCCUGCACGUACACCAUGCCCGGCCAGUUUCUGCAGCAGCCAGCCACCUACUUCCCCCCUUCCCCCCCAAGCUCGGAACCUGGCAGCCCUGACCGGCAGGUGGAAAUGAUGCAGAAUUUAACCCCGCCACCAUCUUACGCUGCCACCAUCGCUUCCAAGUUGGCCAUCCACAACCCGACCUUGAACGCGAGCAUCCCCAUGAAUUCGCCGAGCAUCCCAACCGUCAGAUAUAAUCGGAGGAGUAACCCCGACUUGGAGAAGAGGCGGAUUCAUUACUGUGACUACCCUGGUUGCACUAAAGUGUACACGAAAUCGUCCCACUUAAAAGCACACCUGCGAACUCACACUG